GUGCUGGAGGGCUUCAGCUGGCACCUCCCGCCCGCCAACAGACCGCCAGACCUGGAUCCCGACAUCCGGACGUGGCUCUUCGGCGACCGCGAUGAGCAGACCCGCGUGCUGCGGCGGGAGGUGCAGAGCCUGCGGGAGCAGCUGGGGCGGCGGGAGACGGGCUGGGCGGGCGAGCAGCCGGGGUCCUUGGCGUACGGUCGCGGGCCGGCGGCGGCGGUCGCGGACGCGCCGCCCAUGUGGCAGCCUUCGGCGCACGCGCCGGGGUAUGGACCACUCCCGCAAGCAAUGCCACAUGCCAUGCCGCAUGCCAUGCCGCAGCUGAUGCCGCAAGCAGUGCCACAGACGAUGCCGCAGAUGAUGCCGCAGGUGAUGCCGCCGAUGAUGCCGCAGGUGCUGCCUCUGGGGGCCGCAGAUCCCAUGCAGGCGGAGCUGCAGCGCGGGAUAGUGCAGCAGAUGCAGCAGAUGCAGCAGGUGUUGCAGUCGCAGCUCAUGGACUCGCUGGGCACCGGUGGGUCGAGGCAGCAGAAGGAGAAGGAGGAGGAGCAGCGGCAGGAGCACGAGGCGCGGAUCCUCGAGCUGGAGGCGCAGAGCGAGAGGCGGCAGCUGGAGCUCGAGGCGAGGCUGAAGGAGGCCGUCCAGGAGGCGGAGGCUGCGCGGAGGGCCAUCGAGGCGGAGCAGCGGGAACGCGAGCGCGUGGAGCGCGACCGCGCUGAUGCGGACGUCCCCACGAACGUGGCAUGGACAGUCGACACGAGCGACUGGCCCCAGCCGGAGGCGGAGGAGGCGGAGGCCGUGGGCUCUCCGGCCAAGGCCUGGGAGACGGGGCGGCAGCGGAUGCUCUGGUCGCAGCGGCAGGCUCAGCUCGCGUCCGCCGGGCCCCGGCGCAGCGCCCCCGCCUCGCCCCCGCCCUCCGCCUCCGUCGCGGACGUCGCGGCGGCGGCCGCGGCCCGCGCGCCCCCCUCGAGGCUGUCGCAGCUGGCCUCGCCGCGGUCCCCCGCGAGCCCGCCACGGGCCGGGCCCCGGGGCCCCGCCAUGGUGCUGCCGCUCACGGCCUCGCAGGGAGAGUACUCCACGUGGGUCGUCCGGACGGAGCCGCCGCGCCCGCCGCCCCGGCGCGGCGCCUCCUUUGCCGGGACGCUGCCGGAGGCGCCGCGGCCGGCCUCGGCCGCC